UAACGGCUCCCAGCAAAGUUUGAGGGGAGCCCGUGGCCAUGAGUGAGCUGGGCUCUCAGCACACCAGCGAGGGCACUGUCUCUCGCCUGCUCAACGUGGUGGAAAGUGAGCUCCAGGCGGGGAGGGAGAAAGGCGACCCUACCGAGAAGCAACUUCAGAUCAUCUUGGAGGAUGCACCUCUCUGGCAGCGAUUCAAGGAAGUCACUAAUGAAAUGAUCGUGACCAAGAAUGGCAGACGGAUGUUCCCUGUUCUGAAGAUUAGUGUCUCCGGGCUGGACCCCAAUGCCAUGUACUCCCUCCUGCUGGACUUUGUCCCCAUGGACAGCCACCGCUGGAAGUACGUCAACGGCGAGUGGGUGCCCGCGGGCAAGCCGGAGGUCUCCAGCCACAGCUGCGUCUACAUCCACCCCGACUCCCCCAACUUCGGGGCCCACUGGAUGAAAGCCCCCAUCUCCUUCAGCAAGGUGAAGCUGACCAACAAGCUCAACGGAGGUGGGCAGAUAAUGUUGAAUUCUCUGCAUAAGUACGAACCCCAGGUUCACAUAGUGCGUGUUGGAGGUGCCCACCGCAUGGUGAUGAACUGCUCCUUCCCUGAGACCCAGUUCAUAGCUGUGACUGCCUAUCAGAAUGAGGAGAUAACGGCUCUCAAAAUCAAGUACAACCCUUUUGCCAAAGCCUUCUUGGAUGCCAAGGAAAGGAAUCACCUAAAAGACGUUCCAGAGGCUGUGUCGGAGAGCCAGCAUGUGGCCUAUUCUCACUUGGGAGGCUGGAUCUUUUCCAAUCCAGACGGCGUGUGCCCUGCAGGAAACACCAACUACCCGUACGCUGCUCCUUUGCCUCUGCCUGCCCCCCACCCGCACCACGGCUGUGAGCACUACUCGGGCCUCCGGGGACACCGGCAGGCCCCCUACCCUUCUGCGUACAUGCAUAGAAACCACGCUCCCUCUGUGAAUUUGAUAGAAAGCUCAAGCAAUAAUCUGCAAGUUUUCUCGGGACCCGACAGCUGGACUUCCUUAUCCUCCGCGCCGCACGCCAGCCUCCUGUCCGUGCCCCACGCCAACGGCCCCGUCAACCCAGGGCCUAGCCCCUAUCCGUGCCUGGUGACCAUCAGCAACGGUGGCGGGGCCCCCGCCGGGCCGGGCGCAGAGGUGCACGCCAGCACCGCGGGGGCGUUCCUCCUCGGGAACCCGGCUGUGACCUCGCCCCCCUCCGUGCUCUCCGCCCCAGCACCCACUUCGGCUGCCAUGGAGGUCCUGGGGGAGCCCGCGCUGACCAGCAUCGCCGUGUCCACCUGGACAGCAGUGGCCUCGCAUCCCUUCUCGGGCUGGGGCGGCCCGGGUGGCAGUGGGCGCCAUUCCCCUGCCUCGCUGGACAGUUAGGCGGGGUCCUGGGACCCUCUCUG